CACCGAGCCAUGGAGGCUGCAGGGAGCGCGGAAAACCGGGAGAGCCGAGCUCCGGAGCGCGCACGCCGCAGCCCGCAGCCGCUCCAGGUCCCCGAGCGCCCUGCGCAGCGCGGGGCUGCAGACUCCGGAUCUGCAGGCUUCUGGAGGCCGUGGGAAGCCCGAGGCCGGCGGGAGGACCGGGCGCCGCGCCACGCUGCGGAGGUGAUGCCCGGUGGCCAUGGAAUGAUCGCAGCCCCAGGAAAGCCUUCCCAAUUCAGACACCCGCUCAGACUGUUAUGGCCAAAAUCAAAAUGUUAUGAUUACUUAUAUCAAGAAGCAGAAACUCUUCUGAAAAAUUUUCCAAUUCAAGCCACAAUUUCAUUUUAUGAAGAUUCUGAUAGUGAAGAUGAAAUCGAAGAGCUGACCUGUGAAAAUUAAGCUAAUCCUGGUGAUAUUUAAGGCUUGUAGGAUUUAAAUUUAGUGUAAAAAUGUAUCAUAUUUUUAAAAACUAAUUUAUUUGUAUAUAAGUUUUUAAUAAAAGGAAAUCUUUUGAAAUUACUAUGGAAGUUGACCUUUUUAAAACUCCCUACACUAGAACUUGAUGUUGGAAUUUAAAAUAGGUGACAUUUACAAAUAUCUUAAUUGUGUUAUAAUUAUGUAGUUAGGGCUUACAAAGCAUAGUUUUGGUCUUUUUAUUAAAUUACAGAUUUAUCUUUAAAAUUUUGCAAAGAAUGACAGUGUUUAAUUUAUCAAGACCUGAUCUUGUAACAUCUGCACUUUCCUAUUGAUCUUAUUAGAUGUUGUAAUUGCAGAUAAAAUUAUUCAUACAGACUAUACUAUGUAUUUUAGAUAAUGAAGAAAAUCAUCUUAUGUUACCAGUCACACAUUUAUUAUUACGUGUUUGCUAGCAGAUAGUAAAAAGUCAUUAUCUAUAAUUGAGAAUGUAAGUGCAUUUUAGGACUCUUAAAUUUUAGAAGUUAUAAAUAAAUAAUGAGUUAAGUAAUUCUCAUUUCCUACUUUCUACUAUUUUAAAAGUAAAGUAGCAUGGGUGUUCAAUGUCCAUUAUAUUACUUAAGGGAUCUUUAUAAUUAAAAAGAAAUGUUUCAAGAGUUAUUUACAUAGAACCUAAAAAAUUGGAGCCUAAUGACAAGAAUUCAAAAAUAUUUUUUAUGUGUGUUCAAAGAAGAGCUAAGAUAUUUGGUUGAUAUGAAAUAUUCUUCAACCUUAUCAACUUUCAUUUUGUUCUGGUUACCAGCUCUUGAUACUCACAUUUGAAAUUUUUACCAUGGGAAGUGAAAAUAAAUGCUCAGUGAUUAGUUUUUCUUACAUAUUUGCAGAAAAAUGCUUCGUUUAAUGAGACAGAAAAUGAGCAUUUUAAAAGGUUAAGGUUAUUAUGGGAGGGGUGGGGAUACAAGUGGCACAAGCACCUGCCUGGCAAGGCAAGGUCGGGAGUGCGAUCUCCAGUACCAAAAAAAAAAAAAAAAAAAAAGAUACGGUGAUAUCGUAAACUACUGUCGUAGAGUUUGAUUCAUAUACAGUCUUCUCACAAUAAACAGUUCAAUGCAGGUAAAAAUAUUCCUAUAAUAUUCUAGAAUGAUAAUGGGUAGAAAUGACACCAGAAGUAGCUAGAUAGCUAAGAUAUGCUUCUUGCUUGAAUGACCACAAUAUUUUCCUUAUACUAUAAAAUUAUGCAAAUAUAACUUUGAUUUCCAAGCACUUUGAGGACUAGAGAGUUGUAAUAAAUUUCAAAUCGUGACAAUGUGUUGAGUCAGGAAAGUUAAUAAUAAAAAGAAUUUGUUUUAAAACUG